CCAAAAUGGUGCGAAAAUGCAUCACGUCGAAAUGCACCAUAAACCUUCGAAAAUGCACUAUCUCAAAAUCUGAGCGCAGGAUGCAAUCUGAGCCGCACGAUGCAUCAGAUCCGACGGCUAGAUUUUAUUCUCAUUUCUCUCCACAAGCCCUCGCUUUCGACAUACGGAACGCCGCCGCCAGCUGCGGCGGCGGCCACCUUCCUCCGCCGGCAACCCCUUCCUCCCAACCCCCCAAUUCCUCUGCGGAGUUCGACUCCGCAGAGCUAGGCGGGGCCGACGAGCCUGCCCGGACGCUCAAGCGGCCCCGCCUCGUGUGGACCCCGCAGCUCCACAAGAGAUUCGUGGACGCGGUGGCCCACUUGGGGAUCAAGAACGCCGUCCCCAAGACCAUAAUGCAGCUGAUGAGCGUGGACGGCCUCACUCGGGAGAACGUCGCCAGCCACCUCCAGAAGUACAGACUUUAUCUGAAGCGUAUGCAGAGCUUGUCCGGCGGCGGAAACAGUUCCACGGCGGCUGGAGAGGAUCCCGCGACGGACCGCCUGUUCGCGAGCUUGCCGGUGCCGGCCCACUUUUUGCACCCGGCGGGGAGGCCGCCUAACACCGACCGAUUCGUCCCCAUGCAGCACCAGAUUGUGGCGGUCUCCGUCGUGGGGGGCCGGCAGCUCCGUCCUCAAUACGGGCAGUUUGAGAAUUCAUAUCCAACGCCGCCGCAGCAGCAGCAGCAGCAGCGCGUACAUAGGAGUGGCGCCGUCUUCGUGCCGCCGUCGAAUAUGGAAUGCGCGGCCGCCGGGAGGAAGAUCCUUACCCUGUUUCCUACCGGAGAUGAAUAGCUGUCGACCGUUGUUUCCGAAGUGUAAUUUCGGCCGGUCCAUUCUUAAAUUCCUUGGAAAAAUCAUUAAGAUUUGAAUAAGAUUCAUCAAAUUCAAAAUGUUUUAAUUUCGGAGCAUUAUUCUUGCUGGCGAACAACUAAUGUGUGAAUCACCUAAUUAAGUGUGUGUUGUAAUGGGGUUGCUUUUUAAACGAUUAAGAUCAUGCCAAUCGUAUUGGUACCGUUAAUGCCUAAUGGUACCAUAU